AUGGCCUCUACAAAUCCCUCCAGCUCGAAUCACGAGCGCCCAACCAGCAGCCUCCUCCUGGAGAAGCUCGCCGCGGUUCUGCCAAAAGGCUACAAGUUCGGCGUGUAUCACCUCUCGACCCCUCCGACGCGUACCGAUGCUCUUUGCUCUCCCCCGCCGGGAGUAUCGCCAGACAAGACAUACCGGGAAAAUCACUUUCUUGCCCUUUCAAUCGACACCGAGACCGAGACGAAUAGCGACAAUCCUAAGGGUUCGUUGCCCAAGCAAACUCUAGUCCUUGCCUUGGAAGUCCUCAUUUUUACGACUGCCUAUUCGACUAUAAUAUUCGUCUCCAAGGCCGACUCGACAGGUUACCUCCAGCUUCUCGGCCUGCCGAAGGGGACUCCAUCCCCGAUCCGAGAGGUCUGCGCCACGUUCCUCGCCUUCCUCGCCGAACACCGGCGGAGAAAGGGUAUACAAACGGUCGUCAGUCUGUUUGCGCGCGCGCAAUCGCAGUAUCUGUUCCCCGGCAGCGUUGAAAACAGUGGCAAGCACGUCCUGAAUGACCGCGAGCUGGUCAAGUGGUGGUGUCGAGUGCUGAAUCCGCUGCUCGAGAAGCGAGUAGAGAGGACACAGCGGAGGCAGGAGCAAUGGGGCGAUAUCAAGGGCUAUCUCAUAGUCCCAGGCCUCGAUCAUUAUGAAACUCGAGCGUUCCUCCCUCGGGACCCAGGGAGCGCGGCAAACUGGGCGGUUGGUCACCCAUUGGAGAAGAUCUCCCAUUACACGGCCGAGUAUGACUGGGUUCCUCCCAGAUGCCUGAUCCCCCGAUAUCCCGACGAUCCCAAGUCACGCUUCCGUGGCGAGCUGGAUGAGGAGGCUGCGAAAUGGAAACAGGAUAUGGGCUCAUGGAAGAGUGUCAAGAGCCUGGAUCAGUUCUGGGAGAUGAUGGCGUUCCGGCAGGAGUGCUCUAGCGGACGCCUAACAGGGUUUAUUUGGGUGGUAUUCGAUGCCAAGACGGCCGGCGUCACCUCGCAGGUAUCGGGACCGCCCCCUGCUCCAUCUGCCGUCAAUCUACCCCCCACAGAACCGCCAUCAACUCCACCUCGCCGCCGUGCUGGCAUUCCCAUCCGCACACCGCAGUCAUCGCCGUUGAAAGUCCAAGCGACCCCAGAAUCUGCAAAAACUACCCCAUCUAAGUCCAGUGGAAAGACGGAGGAAGGGGAGAAGAAGAAGAAGAAAAGGAAGCUAACAGGCCGCAUCAUCCCCCGCCAGCCGCACAUCAAAACCCACCAGAGGAACUACCUCCUCGACCGCCCCAUCUCCACGGCAUAUUACCACUGGCCCCCCGAAGGCCGGGGCGAACGGAUCGUGGACGAGUCAGACUACAAGCGCAUCGUCGAGCUGCUGCUGCACCUUGACUUCGCCACUCUCGCGAAGGCAUGCGGCAGCACCAAGCGGUGGAUCGGCGAGGUCGCCAUGGGCUCCACGUGGGGCCGCGAAGUCGUCGGGACCGAUGAAUCCACCCCGCCGGCGAACGCGGCCGCUGCGACGGUGACCAACCUGUCCGGUCUUAUCAAGAGGAAGCGCCCGGCGGCGGAAACCGGCGGGGCUGCCCCCGGAGAGAAUGGGGAUGCGGCUUUGGCGGCGGCGCCCGGCAAGACGGUCAAUGUCCUUGGGGCGGGCCUCGUGAGGAAGAAGCGGAAGGAGGGGGAUCAAGCUUCGGCUGCCGCGGUGGCGAAUGAAGUUCCUGGUGUUGCCGGCAAGGCGGGAGCAGGCCAGGAUCAGCCGAAGGUCAACGUUCUCGGCGCAGGGCUCGUCCGGAAGAAACCCAAGACGGCGUGA